UUACAUCACUGUUCCAUAGAAAAUAUCUCCAAAAGAUGGCAUUUUUUUCAUACUUACUUGAGAGGAAGGAAAAGAAGAAGAAAAAGGAUGUGGACUUUGGCCGCCAAGACACAUGCGUCUCAACCCAAGGCAGUUGGGUUGGGUGUGGAUGUCGGUGCCAUCUUUUGUCUUCUUUUUUGUUAUCUCUCUCCCUCUCUCUGUCAAUCUGUCUCAAAAGUGAAAAGGUUGAGGGAUAGAUCACGAGAUGACUCCAGUUCUUGGACCUUACAAUAAUAGUGUUCAGAUAUGGCUUUUGGAUUGCUUUGAAGACAGACUUAAAAGUGUUUAAAAGGGAGCAAGAGGAAGAGAAGCAAUAGCACAAGUUCCCUCAGGAGGUCUGCUCUCUCUCUCUCUCUCCCUCGCUCUCACGGUUGAGGCUUGAAUUCACAAACUUGAGUAAGAAGAAGUGGGCUCAAAAUUAUUGUGCAUGGCAGCUGGCUUCAAGAAGGAUGAUAUUAUAAUCUUGAGAAUUGAUGGUGAAGAUCUGAAGGAAUUCAGUGAGAGUCCACAAUUUGAACCUGAGAUGAUUUCCAUUUUCUCAGGAAUGGACUCUUCAAAUGCAUCUCUGUGCCAGUGCAUUGCUAAGGCUCUCGAACAACUUACAGUUGAGCAUGGAAUGCCACCAUCUUCCGACACUUGGGUUUUCAAUAAUAUCAUCGAACCAGCUUUGCAAUCACUUUCUUUGGAUCAGUUCUUAACUGUUUCUCAAGAAAUCUUCCUGGAGGAGUUUAGGAAGCUAAUAGACAGCAUCACCCUACGUCUUCAAGAAAAACCUGUGAUCGUUGCCCGCAAUGAAAGCAUCUUUGACGGAAGUGGCAUCAAAAAAUUGCUGUCUGAUAAAGCUGAACUGAACAAGAUGUUGGAGGUGGCUUGGAGAGAUCUGCCAACAAAUCAAACUCAGAAAAUUUCGGAUUCCCUUUCUGUUGCCCUUGAUCGAAUGGCUGAUUCAGCAAAUCUGCCUCUGUGCGGUAAUAUUCCUCAGGUUGACACCAUUGUGAAAGAGGUCUUGAGCACUCUGAAUACCACUGAUCAGGAAACUCUGCAUGAAGAUGAGUUUAAGAAGACAAUGACUGAAACUCUCAGGCAUAUCAUGUCUCGGUUAGAGGAAAACCCGGUCUUCAUUUCAUCGCACUCAGUGGUUCAUGAGCCUAUGGUUACUCCAUUCACUGAAAGUGAGUGAUCAACUUCCAUGAACAUGAUUUACUUACUAACUACAUAAUGAAUUACUUACUUGCUACGACAUAAUAUUAUUCUUGCUUCAAAUAAAA